UCAGUCUCCAAUGUGGUGAUAACUCCCAACAACACAGACUUAGUGGAGUUCAACAGCUCUGUCAGUCUGUCCUGCUCCUCCUCUGGCUCCUCCCCCUUCUCUUACCACUGGCUGAAUGGCAGCUCUGAAGUCACAGCCAGUGAUGGAGUUCAGCUUGGUGAUGGGAACAGCACUCUCACCAUAACCAAUGUGACUCGGUAUAACCAGGGGCUGUUCAUGUGCGUAGUGUCCAACCCCGUCAGCUUUGACAAAGAGACACUAAUACUUUACAUCAGCUGUGAGUGUCUAACUCUUAAAUUAUUUGCAUGUUGAUUGAGCCACUUAGAUAAACUUUGAUAGUUAACUUUCAUGUAGUUUGUGUAGUCACCUCUUGACUUAGGUCCCCGGAAACAGCAUCUACUUAAAAAUAACAAGGCUUGAUGAAUAUGGUGCUUUUGGUUAAAGGAUUGGUUCACUAUUUAUUUACCAAAUCUCAAUUUUUUAUGUAAAUGGCAUGUUAUAGAAGGGUCCUGACACUUUUUUAGUGAUUUUACUUGGUUUUGAUAAACCAUCCUCACCCGCAAUAGGCUUCCUCAUUGCUCAUUUUGUAGUAUGGGUGCUACAGAAAAACAUGAACAUAGGCUCCAAAAACACCCAAAUACAUCCUUUUAGAAACAGCACUGCUCUCAGUAUAGUGAUGCAGGUCUUUAGAUAUUGUUCACGCAAAUUGUGUAAUUUUGAACUUUAUCCUCAACAUUUUUGUAACAGACGCAGGGAGUCAGGAAGCAGGUGCAGUUAGUUGAUAACAAAAUAGUGUUAUAUAAAGGUAUGUAAUCAAGGGAGUCCAGGUGUGAUUGAUGAUGAUGAGAUGCAGGUGUGCGUAAUGAUGUUUGCCAGGUGUGUGUAAAGAUGUGUUGCCAGGACCAUUGGUUAGUAGACCGGUGACGUUGAGCGCCGGAGCUGGGGAGCGGGAGUGGACGUGACAGUGGGAGUGGACGUGACAGUUAUAUUCCAUUUGGUGCGACUCGAGUGGUUUCCCCCUAACCAGCUGUGCUGCGCAGGCUACACGGACAAUCAACACAGCUGGUAGGGGGAAAUAGCUUGAGUCGCACAAAGUAGAAUAUAACGUUACGGAUAAAGUUAGAAAUUACACAAUUUCAUGUGUACAACACCCUUCUUUAGCAUGCAAUUUACAUCAAAAAUAGAGAUUUGUUUCAAAAUAUUGAACCAAUCCUUUAAGGCCAUGAAGAUGUUUUCCUUGCUUCAUAUACUGUAUCAUUAACACAUCAUGCUUUAAAAAGAUGUUCCCAUUCUGUGGCAUGUCUCAAUGGUCUUCAUGGGUCAUUUUAAAAUGUUUUGUCCCUAAGCUGUCAUCACUAUUGUGCAUGCUGCGUGACUGAUUGUGUGGUUGAUGGUGAUGGGAUACUGAAGCUAGAUACACACUAUUGAUAACAUGGACCCAUAGUAAUAAUAAAUGGUCCAAUGGGUCAUUAACAUGGUCUAGAAAGUAUCUGUUGGUCAACUUCCCCUCUUUAAUGGUGCCGUUUUUACAUGGACCAUUCAUUACAGAUGGUCCAGAAAACACAAGAAUGAAGGUGACCCCUCCAGAUGUACUGUAUGGCUCAGGGUCAGACCUCACUCUGUCCUGCUCCUCUGAGUCCAGUCCUCCUGCCCAGUUUCAGUGGGCUCUGAAUGGAACGCUGCUGUCCAAUAAGGGACCAGAACUCAGGCUGGAUAAUAUCCAGGCCAGUCAGAGCGGUAGCUACAGCUGCUGGGCCCAUAAUACCAGAACCCUGAGGUACCAGACACCUGAGCCCUCUGACAUCACUGUGCUGGGUAAGUGGUAGAGAGGAGAAGGAGACAGUCAUGGGUGGAAAGGGAAACUGGUUCUGGGGUGUCAUGGUGAAACUGACUGAAAUGCUUGAGGUUUGUGCUCAAGUCCUAUCCAAGAUGUUUGAGUACACCUUUUCCUUUUCCUUCCAUUUUGUAAAAGCGUUUGGACGGGACACCUUCUUCUGUAUGUAGCAGAGAAGGCCCUUUCAACAGAGAUGGUGUGUUUAACACAUGAGAAGAGAGCUCUGAGUGGCACAUUUGACAAAGCAGAUAGCAUUGGAUUAUUAGUUGAUACUGUAGUGUAUACCGUAUAUCACAGGAGGCUGCUGAGGGGAGGAUGGCUAAUAAUAAUGAUUGGAACGGAGCGAAUGGAAGGGCAUCAAACACCUGGAAACCAUGUGUUUGAUGUAUUUGAUACCAUUCCACUUUUUCCGCUCCAGCCAUUAUCCCAAGCCUGUACUACCCAAUUAAGCUGCCACCAACCUCCUGUGCUGUACACCCAAGCCACCCAACAUGAUUACCUUUAACCUUAAUUUUUUUUUAAAUAACUGUUUGACAAUAUAUUACAUAACGGGUUGUUUGGAUCCAGGAAGCUGAUUGGUUGAUAUACCAUUACGUAUUAAUCUUAUAAUUCCACUGUCCCCCCGCCCAGGAAGGAAAUUGAUAAACUUCAUCUGCCUUUUGAAAAAAGCAUCUACACAUAAUUUUUUCAUGCUACUAUUUGGUUUGCAACAGUUGGGGGUUGUACAAAUAUACCUGCCUGCCUCUACGACCUGUGCAACAAUAUAUCGUUUUACAAAUGCUGUAUCUCCAGUGGCAGUGGGGUAGCUAGAAUGAAUGUGAAACGAAUAAUUCACCAUGGAAACUGUAAACAAUCAGAAUUCCAUGAAUCCAUUAACCAGCACAGGGCGGCCUAUGUAGGCCUAUUGGAUUUUUAUUAAAUCAAGUAGCAGUGCGUGGGUAAAAUCACUGGGGUAGCCAAGCCAGAAAAAAAUGCCAUAUUACAACCUAUGUGUUGUGAUAAGUUCAUAUGCCUUGACACCGUGAUAUAUAGGCCUAAGGCUGAGACAAUAAGAAGACACACUGGCAGAAUAAAUUCAACCUCACAUUUGUUUAAUUACAAAACCGGAGAGCAACCUCUGUCCGGUGAAGUCCACAAAGCAUAUUGCAUGUAACAAACAGUUACAUGACCUACAGCAUGGUCAAGCAAGUUAAUGUUUCCGCCAUUUUCGGACUACUAAACAACUAUUGAUUUAGAACAGAGAGUUACCGCAAGUCCCAAAGAAAACAGGAGCUGCCUCCACUAUUCAGCACCAACUUCAACAUUUCAACAUCAUCAAAUCACCUAUGUUUAGUCUAAUACAGUGACAACUAAAAUAUACCAAAGACAAUUUAUUCCAAUCAACAUAAGCUAAAUAUGAUGUGGCUGUCAAUGGUUCUAUGUGUGUGUGCAUGUGUGCAUGCAAGUAGAAAAAACAUGUUGACUCACCCUACUUAUAGAGCAACGCCAAUGCCAUCCUCCUCUCUUUCAUGUUGACGAAACGUUCUAUGACACUGUCUUACAGUACACACUUUAAUUUUUUGUUGUCCUAGGCUACCUAGCUAAAAUGCUUGCUCGCUAGCCUAACUUCCUUUCAUGGGCAACUUUAGCUAGUUAACAAUAGCCUUCUACAUCUACUAUAGCUACAUAUUCCAUCCUCUCAGUCCAGGGGCACAAUGUAUGAAUUGGCCAGUAUAGAGAAUUAAGUAAAACCGACAAGUCCAGAUGCAAUAAUUCAAGUUUUUCUGUUAUUAUGAGAAAUAACAGAGAAAUUAUGUAUUUAUCUCGAUGCGAUGUGAAAGGAGUGAAGCCAAAUCUAAACUGGCUUCCCUUGACACUUUUUUUUGGUGCGCCAGGACCAUUCUCAGUUGAGCUCACUCAGAUUAGCUCAACGCUGAUUGGCUAUUAUUUUAUACUUUUUUAUCAAGGGAGGCCAAAUGCUUGUUGGCUUCCCUUGCAUUAAAUGCUACGAAUGGCAAACUGGCAAAUCGUCAAUACAGAACUAAGACUGAAUCCUACUACACCGGCUCUGACGCUCGUUGGAUGUGGCAGGGCUUGCAAUCUACAGUGCCUUCGGAAAGUAUUCAGACCCCUUGACUUUUUCCACAUUUUGUUAGCUUACAGCCUUAUUCUAAAAUUUAUAAACAUUGUUUUUGUCCCUCAACAAUCUACACACAAUACCCUAUAAUGACAAAGGAAAAACAGGUUUUUAGAGAUUAUAGCAAAAAAACAUUUACAUAAGUAUUCAGACAUUUACUCAGUACUUUGUUGAAGCAUAUUUGACAGUGAUUACAGCAUCGAGUCUUCUUGGGUAUGAAACUACAAGCUUGGCACACCUGUAUUUGAAGAGCUUCUCCCAUUCUUCUCUGCAGAUCCUCUCAAGCUCUUUCAGGUUGGAGGGGGAGCGUAGCUGCACAGCUAUUUUCAGGUCUCUCCAGAGAUGUUAGAUCGGGUUCAAGUCUGGGCUCUGACUUGGCCACUCAAAGACUUGUCCCGAAGCCACUCCUGCAUUGUCUUGGCUGUGUGCUUAGGGUUGUGGUCCUGUUGCAAGGUGAAUCUUCACCCCAGUCUGAGGUCCUGAGCACUCUGGAGCAGGUUUUCAUCAAGGAUCUCUCUGCACUUUGCUCUGUUCAUCUUUCCCUCCAUCCUGACUAGCCUCCCAGUCCCUGCCGCUGAAAAACAUCCCUACAGCAUGAAGCUGCAACCACCAUGCUUCACAGUAGGCAUGGUGCCAGGUUUCCUCCAGAUGUGACGCUUGGCAUUCAGGCCAAACAGUUCAUUCUUAGUUUCAUCAGACCGGAUAAUCUUGUUUCUCAUGGUCUGAGAGUCUUUAGGUGCCUUUUGGCAAACUCCAAGCGGGAUUUCAUCUGCCUUUUACUGAGCAGUGGCUUCCAUCUGGCCAAUCUACCAUAAACGCCUGAUUGGUAGAGAACUGCAGAGAUGGUUGUCUUCUGGAAGUUUCUUCCAUCUCCACAGAAUAACUCUAGAUCUCUUUCAGAAUGACCAUCAGGUUCUUGGUUACCUCCCAGACCAAGGCCAGCUUUAGGAAGAGUCUUGGUGGUUCGAAACUUCUUCCAUUUAAGAAUGAUAGAGGACACUGUGUUCUUGGGGACCUUCAAUGCUGCAGACAUUUCCUGUCACAAUCCUGUCUCGGAGCUCUACGGACAAUUCCUUCGACCUCAUGGCUUGGAUUUUGCUUUGACAUGCACUGUCCACUGUGGGACCUUAAAUAGACAGGUGUGUGCCUUUCCAAAUCAUGUCCAAUCAAUUUAAUUUACCACAGGUGUCCUCCAAUCAAGUUGAAGAAACAUCUCAAGGAUGAUCAAUGGAAACAGGAUGCACACCUGAGCUCAAUUUCGAGUCUCAUAGCAAAGGUUCUGAGAACGUACGUAAAUAAGGUAUUUCUGUUUAAGUAGGGCCGAACACGCCCCCAUUCACCAACAAACUAUCAUGGUCCAAACACACCAAGACAGUCGUGAAGAGUGCACAACAACGCCUUUUCCCCCUCAGGAGACUGAAACCAUUUGGCAUGGGUCCCCAGAUCCUCAAAACGUUAUACAGCUGCACCAUCGAGAGCAUCCUGACCAGUUGCAUCACCGCCUGGUAUGGCAACUGCUCGGUAUCCGAUCGUAAGGCGCUACAGAGGGUAGUGCGUAUGGCCCAGUACAUCACUGGGGCCAAGCGUCCUGCCAUCUAGGACCUGGAAGGCCCCAAAAAUUGUCAAAGACUCCAGUCAUCCAAGUCAUAGACUGUUCUCUCUGCAGCCGCACGGCAAAAGAGAUACCGGAGACAAGUUCUAGGUCAAAAAGGCUCCUUAAAAGCUUCUACUCCAAGCCAUUAGACUGUGAACAAUAAUAAAAGGCACCCGCGUACUAUUUGCAUUGACACAAUCUCCCCCCCCCCCCCCCCCCCCCCCCCCCCCCCCCCCCCACCCCCCCCGCCCCCCACCCCCCCCCCCCCCCCCCCCCCCCCCCCCCCCCCCCCCCCCCCCCCGCCCUUUGUUUUUACACUGCUACCCAUUUGCUGUUUAUGUCUAUGCAUAGUCUCUGUACCCCCGCACAUUGACUCGGUACGGUACCCCCUGCACAGAAUAUAGCCUCGUUAUUGUUAUUUUAUUGUGUUACUUUUUUAAACUUUAGUUUAUUUAGUAAAUAUUUUCUCCAAGACCUCAUGGCUUGGUUUUUGCUCUGACAUGCCCUGUCAACUGUGGAACCUUACAUAGACAGGUGUGUGCCUUUCCAAAAUUUACCACAGGUGGACACCAAUCAAGUUGUAGAAACAUCCCAAGGAUGAUAAAUAGAAACAGGAUGCACCUGAGCUCAUUUUCGAGUCUCAUAGCAUAGUGUCUGAAAGCUUAUGUAAAUAAGGUAUUUCAUUAUUUUAAUUUUUUUAUACAUUUGCAAACAUUUCUUAAAACCUGUUUUUGCUUUGUCAUUAUGGGGUAUUGUGUGUACAUUGCUGAGGAUUAUUAAAAAAAAAAUCCAUUUUAGAAUAAGGCUUUAACGUAACAAAAUGUGGAAAAAGUUAAGGGUUCUGAAUACUUUCCGAAGGCACUGUAGCCUAGAGAUCUCUGUUUUAAGCGUCAUGCUAAUGGCAAGGAAAGUUGGCAGGAGCACAGCGCAUUGUUAGGAUGCUGGAUUGCCCUAAAGUAAAUUGAUGUUUCGCCAAAAUUAUAUAAUUACUCCUGUCUAAAUAAAAUAAUUCAAAAUACUUCACCAGGGAUCAUGACUUAGCCACAGAGGAUCAUUAGCUUCUUAAAAAAAUUGCUUUGGAUUGUUUCAAAGCACAAGUGUGUAGGCCUAUGACUAUUUGGGAAGCCCGCAAUUUGGGUAGUGCACAUGGCAAUAGGCCUAUCUGACUGAGUUGUGGCUGUCAGUGAAAAGCGUCUAAAAUAUGUGUGAAGUUAAUGUGUCUUGAGUAUAAUUUAAAAUGUUGCAUCAAGAAGAAGGGGAGGGGUGUGUGGCGAAGAUAUGGUGCGUCUCUCUCCCGAAUGCAUGCUAAUGUAGGAAAGUGCCCAUUUGGCAAUGUCUUAUUUCUGAUUAUCUUAAUUCACCAUGUACACCACUAAUAAACUGAGCUUCUCAGUCAUUUUUUCUUCACCUCACACAAGUCAACGAAGUCAGUUUUUUUAACAUCCAUUGCGAAUGAUAGUUCCUCAAUAUUUGAAAGAUCUUUCCAACACUCCCGGCUUCGAUAAUCACCAAGCCUCGGUUUGAAAGAGCAAAAUAUCAUGAUCUGAUGAUCCCAUGUAUCCAGUGGAAAGGUCAUAAAAAGCAGCUGUCUGUCCCGAGCUCAAUGGCUCAGGAAACUCUGAGGGCACGGAAUAGGCUAGUUGAUACAAUGUUGCAAGUUCGCUAGUGACAGCUUCUGGCCGGACCCAGUGAUGAUUUGAUACAACAUUGCAUUUCACUAGCAAUAGCUCAAGUCAAGACAGAUAGAAAGGGAGGCAGACAGGCGGAGUAGAGAGAUGAAUGUGAUUGAAAGAACCAGAAUUUUAAUAAGGAUAUUUUCCACUGUUUUUAUUUGUCGGCUUUAGGCCUAUGUAUUUUACUUAGUUGACGAUUGAGGGAAGUUAUAGUCCUACUGCUGCAUUGGCCUAUAAACUAUCUCUGAGUUCUAUGCUCUCAUGCACUGUUGCAACAUUUCUUUAGCCGCCAAUGAAUCCCAGUGUAUCAAUGUGUCCAUAUGGCAGAGGAUGGUGCUCUCGCCAUUGUUGAAUUUUAACUUUUAGAUUUUUAUCAUUUAACUUCAGAUCUUUAUGAUUAACCAGUUGAAAAUGAUUUUGAGAUACAAAACGUUAUUAUUUAAAUGAAACUGUUCCACGAAAAUGAGCAUAUAAAAAUAAUCAUAACUGGCACGCAGAUGGUAGAAAUGGUAGGAUAAAUUAUAAACUUCCCCAAACUUGAAACCCGCGAGCCUGCCUAUGGUCUUUACUAUUACACCCAUUAACAAAACUGUCAACGUGCAAGCACGCACACACAUAGGAGGUCCUCUGAAAAAACGUGCCCGCCUAUGGAAAUCAAAGGCCCGUCCAACUGAUUCGUUCUGGCGCCGGCCCUGGUUGGAAUUGUAACUGUAGUCUGGACACUGACUGUAUUUCUCACAUGUAGGCUGUUGUAAUAUUAAGUUCUGCAGAAUUAAGUGUUCCUCGCAGUAAGAUUAAGAUGAAAACAUCAUGACUGGUUGUGUUUAUAUAUCAUCUACAUUAUAAUCUAGACUACAAUCUGUAUUAUCAAACCAACCUAUCUGAUUCAUAAUAUGACCAUUAUCCUUCACAGAACCAAUGUCACGUUCGCUUAAGGAGGAGGACCAAUGCGCAGCGUUGAAUGCGUACAUAUUAUUUAUUACACAGAUCACCCGAUCAAAACAACGAACGAAACGUGAAGUCCUUCGAUACACACAAUCCAAAAGGAACAAGAAACCACAACACAAAGUGAAAAGACCGAUAGUUAAAUAUGGCUCCCAAUCAGAGACAACCAGCUGACACUCGUUGCCUCUGAUUGGGAGUCACUCAGGCCAACAUAGAUCUACAAAACAUAGACUUACACACCCUGGCUCAACAUAACAUAGUCCCCAGAGCCAGGGCGUGACAGUACCCCCCCCCAAAGGCGCGGACUCCGGCCGCGCCAAACAACCACAACAGGGGAGGGACCGGGUGGGCACUCCGCCUCGGCGGCGGAUCCGGCUCCGGACAUGACCCAGGCACGGGUUGUGCUGGACUGACGACGCACACCCCUGGCUUGAUGCGUGGAGGAGGAACGGGCCGGACCGGGCUGACGAAGCGCACCCCUGACUUGGUGCGGGGAGCAGGAAUGAGCCGGACCGGGCUGACGACGCGCACCCCUGACCUGGUGCGGGGAGCUUGGAUGGGCCGGACUGGGCUGGCGACGCGCACCACAGACUUGGUGCGGAGAGCAGGCACGGGCCGGACAGGGCUGACGAAACGCACCAUAGACUUGGUGCGGAGAGCAGGCACGGGCCGUGCCGGACUGACGACGCACACCACUGGCUUGGUGCGGGAAGCUUGGAUGGGCCGGACUGGGCUGGCGACGCGCACCACAGACUUGGUGCGGAGAGCAGGCACGGGCCGUGCCGGACUGACGACGCACACCACUGGCUUGGUGCGGGAAGCUUGGAUGGGCCGGACUGGGCUGGUGACGCGCACCACAGACUUGGUGCGGAGAGCAGGAAUGGGCCGGACCGGGCUGGCGACGCGCACCACCGACUUGGUACGGAGAGCAGGAACGGGCCGGACAGGGCUGACGACGCGCACCACAGGCUCGGUGCGAGAGGCAGGAACAGGCCGAACCGUACUGGGGACACACGCCACUGGCCCUAUGCAGGGAUCAGGAACGGGCCGGACCGGACUGGUAAUACACCCCAGUACCUCUCGCCGUGCCUCCACACUUUCCCUCUCCUCUGUGACCAGUGGCCCCCUUAACCUGGCGGCCUCCUCUUCACACCCGCUGGACCGCUCCAUCGCGGCCUCCUGCUGCCCCGUCGUCCACGUCGUGAGCCCCCCCCUAAAAAUGUUCUGGGGUUCUCUCCUCCCCGUGGACCAGGCCUCCCUAGCUCUCGCCAGACUCUCGAUCCAUUGCUUCAUAGACCAGCCUCUCUCCUCUUCGCUUAGCGUGGCCCAGCCGAAACUCCUACUCCCCUGAUCCCAGGUCCUUCCUCUCUCCUCUUCACGCUGCUUGGUCCAUUCUUGGUGGUUUCUUCUGUCACGUUCGCUUAAGGAGGAGGACCAAUGCGCAGCGUUGAAUGCGUACAUAUUAUUUAUUACACAGAUCACCCGAUCAAAACAACGAACGAAACGUGAAGUCCUUCGAUACACACAAACCAAAAGGAACAAGAAACCACAACACAAAGUGAAAAGACCGAUAGUUAAAUAUGGCUCCCAAUCAGAGACAACCAGCUGACACUCGUUGCCUCUGAUUGGGAGUCACUCAGGCCAACAUAGAUCUACAAAACAUAGACUUACACACCCUGGCUCAACAUAACAUAGUCCCCAGAGCCAGGGCGUGACAACCAAUAUCUGGUGCUACCAUAACAACUUCCCCAAAUCCUCCAAUCAUCGAGGGGAAUUCUGUCACCUUAACAUGUGAUGCUUCUGGCUCCAUCAUCAGCAGAGAGUGGAUGAUGGUUGGUCAGCCUCUGUAUUCUGGUGACAAUAUCAUCUUCUCUGAGAAUAACAGAGUGCUGUUUAUAAACUCUGCGAAUAGAACAGACAGUGGAGAAUACCUGUGUGGAGUCAGCAACCCUGUCAGCUCUAAAAAUGCCAGUGACACUGUGAAUGUAAUCUGUAAGUACUUCCCUAUAAGCCUGGGGAUAAAUGUACCAGAUAAAUGUAUCAACUGUACCAUCAAUAGGUGCACAUUAAAAAAAUGUAACAAUGAA